CGUGAGGAGAAAGCCGUAGUGUGCGACGAUGGCUACGAGGUGGCGCCAGAGAAGCGCCCGUCGUGUCUGUCUGCGGCGACUGGGGUGAAUCGCGCCCACGCGUCACCCACGCGCUGCCUCUCCCAACCUCCAGAUUAGCAAGGCAGUCCCGUGAGGCUUCACUCCGUUGUUUGCAACCUGCUGCACGAGAGAGAUCGUCCGCGCCAGCCAAUAUACCGCGAAAUGAAAACACGUUUAGAGCUUGGCUGAAAUAGCAUUAGGGAAUAUCGUAAUCGUCGGUGAAAUCUUUUGACGUGUUCUUUUUUUUUUUCUCUUCGCACCGUCGGUCAUUGUUGGCAGCAGCUUUUGGCCACGAUAUUUAGAACGGAAUUUCGCGUAAUUGGGCAUAUUUAAUGCUUCCACAUUAUUCAAGGUGCUGACGCUGGAAAAUUAUAUUUGGCACAGAUGAAGACAACGAGCCAGACGACACACCGCUGUACUUCCUAUGCCGCAAAGAACACCACUGCCAUAGCGUUUGCAGUCGUCACAAUCUCCAUGGUGGCGUUGGUGUUGCUGGCCGCUCUGCUGGCGCCGACACGUCGCAGAGGUGAAGCCGUGAUCAAGUUGUGCAGCACUGAGGACUGCGUGAUGCACUCGAGGCUUAUCCACGCCUGCACAAACGCCAGCGUGGAUCCGUGCAAGGACUUCAGCGCGUUCGCCUGCUCCGCGUGGCCCCUGUCCAAGGAGAUAGUCAGCGUUGCCAGCGGCACCACCAGGGAAGCGGUGGUGGCUUGGUACAAGGACUUCGAAAAUCUCCUGGAAAUGAGCUCGGAGCGAUACCUUCCGGCAAAGAAAGCGUUGGCUAUGUACCAGGCCUGCAUGCAAGGAAAACCUGUGGGCGAAUACAGACGCGCCGGCAUGGAAGCUCUCAAGAAAUUCAUGAGACAACGUCGAAUCCCUUGGCCUGGCGAGCCUGACUUGAACGUGAACCCCUUGGGCGUACUUCUCGACUUCGCCUUCAACUGGCGGACCCCGUUUUGGUUUCACGUCCAGGUUUUGCAAGUUAACAGCGGCAAUAGGAACACCCUGGUUCUCCGCUUGGGCAACUUUAUAACAUUCUGGUCCAAUCACCACCAAAGCCUGGUUGCUGAUCAGGUCUACUACAACUACCUGAUUAAUUACUUCGCGGCAUUCGCCGACGCCAGUGACAGAAGGCCGACCAAAGAGGAAGUUUCCAGGAUGGAGUCGAUCCAUUCCGACGUGCUGAACCAAUUCCUGGACUUGCAGACACGGAAUAGAAAGGCGAGAAAAUUGACCAGCUGUCUCGUGCUCCAAACCGGGCUAGUUAGUGAAAUGCAGAAUUUCUUGUUCUAUAGGUCACAGGCAUGAACACGAAGGACUCGAAGAAUGAAGUGUUUUACUCGUUAAACACUGUUUAUUCCCUGUCAUGUCCCUUUUU